GGGCGGGCGCGCGCCCCGCGGGAGGGGGCGGAGGAGGGGUGAGGAGGCGUCUCUGCUGAGCUGCCGGGCGCACAGCGCCAGACCCAGACGGAGCCUCGCCGCGGCGGCAGCAACAGGCGGCGGGCUGGGCUCGGGGACGGAGGGGGCGGAGGCGGCGAAAGGGCGGGGAGCGCGAGGAGGAGCGACUGGGCCCCGCCACCGCCGCCUCUUCCCCACUGCAUGGACGAGCACAUCAGCCUUCUGCACUCGCCGCCGCAGCCCUUCGCCCACCACCGCACCCACCCUCCCCAGGACCCUGCGAGCGGCGGCGGCGCCCAGACUCUGGUGAACCCCGGCUACGCCGAGCUCGCCGCAGGCCCCGAGCUGCCGCCCGACAUGACCGUGGUGCCCGGGGACCACCUGCAGGAGCCGGAGACGGCCGACGGCGGCGGAGGCCAGCCUCAGGGCGGCUGUGGCGGCGGCGGAGGCGGUUGUGACCGCUAUGAGCCGCUCCCGCCCGCGCUGCCGGCUGCGGGUGAGCAGGACUGCUGCGGGGAGCGCGUGGUCAUCAACAUCUCGGGGCUGCGCUUCGAGACGCAGCUGAAGACCCUCUGCCAGUUCCCAGAGACGCUGCUGGGCGACCCCAAGCGGCGCAUGAGGUACUUCGACCCGCUCCGCAAUGAGUACUUUUUCGACCGCAACCGGCCCAGCUUCGACGCCAUCCUCUACUACUAUCAAUCCGGGGGCCGCAUCCGCCGCCCGGUCAACGUGCCCAUCGACAUCUUCUCCGAGGAGAUCCGCUUCUACCAGCUGGGAGAGGAGGCCAUGGAGAAGUUCCGCGAGGACGAGGGUUUCCUGCGGGAGGAGGAGCGGCCCCUGCCCCGCCGCGACUUCCAGCGCCAGGUGUGGCUGCUCUUCGAGUACCCCGAGAGCUCGGGGCCGGCCCGGGGCAUUGCCAUCGUGUCCGUGCUCGUCAUCCUCAUCUCCAUUGUCAUCUUCUGCCUGGAGACGCUGCCCGAGUUCCGCGAUGAGAAGGACUACCCGGCCUCGCCGUCGCAGGAGGUACUUGAGGCGGCCAGCAACAGCACGUCGGGGGCUCCCGCGGGAGCCUCCAGCUUCUCGGAUCCCUUCUUCGUGGUGGAGACCCUGUGCAUCAUCUGGUUCUCCUUUGAGCUGCUGGUGCGAUUCUUCGCUUGCCCCAGCAAGGCCACGUUCUCAAGAAACAUCAUGAACCUGAUAGACAUUGUGGCCAUCAUCCCAUAUUUUAUCACCCUGGGCACCGAGCUGGCUGAGCGACAGGGCAACGGACAGCAGGCCAUGUCCCUGGCUAUCCUCAGGGUCAUUCGCCUGGUGAGGGUCUUCCGCAUCUUCAAACUCUCCCGCCACUCCAAGGGGCUGCAGAUUCUGGGGCAGACACUGAAGGCUUCCAUGCGGGAGUUGGGGCUGCUCAUCUUCUUCCUCUUUAUUGGGGUCAUCCUUUUCUCCAGUGCGGUCUACUUUGCCGAGGCAGACGACCCCACUUCAGGUUUUAGUAGUAUCCCGGAUGCCUUCUGGUGGGCCGUGGUAACCAUGACAACAGUCGGGUAUGGAGAUAUGCACCCAGUGACCAUAGGGGGCAAGAUCGUGGGGUCUCUUUGUGCCAUCGCUGGUGUCUUGACCAUUGCAUUGCCAGUUCCUGUUAUUGUUUCCAACUUCAAUUACUUCUACCACCGGGAGACAGAAGGGGAAGAGCAAGCCCAAUACAUGCACGUGGGAAGUUGCCAGCACCUCUCCUCUUCAGCUGAGGAGCUCCGAAAAGCACGGAGCAACUCGACUCUAAGUAAGUCGGAGUAUAUGGUGAUCGAAGAGGGGGAUAUGAACCACAGUGCUUUUCCCCAGACCCCUUUCAAAACGGGCAAUUCCACCGCCACCUGCACCACGAACAAUAAUCCCAACUCCUGUGUGAACAUCAAAAAGAUAUUCACCGAUGUUUAAUAUAAGAUACGAGUGACAUACUGUGCUAAGUAUUGUGUGGAACGUGCCCCCUUGGUCUGUGAUGCCCUUGUUUUGUACAUUUCCAGACCAUUCAUCAAGGAAAGGACCUGAAGUAGUGGAAAGCACACUUCAUUCUCCCCCUCCCUACUGCUUCAUACUGAAACAGGUGCCUGUGUUGCAGGUGGGCUGCCUUCUCUCAGCUCUCCUUUUGCCCCUCCCCCUCUCUCUUGAUUUUUGUGAUCAACAAUCUUACAUUAAACUUGUUUUCGAGUUACAUGCCCUAUUUAAAAAAAAAAAAAAAGUACAUCCUGGGAGGAAAUGAAACUAAAGAACAGUUGGAGUAACUGUUUAACCUCAAAAUUUAAAAGUAGUUGUUUCUUUACUAAGUAAAGAAGACAAAUAACUUCAAUGAUGCUUUAGUUUGGUGGACCCUUCACGUUAUUUAUUAAAUAUUUAGUUCAAUUUCUACCGGCUGGGUAUGUGAAUGAGAAGUCUUAACUGGAACUAUGACUGUAAACCCACCAUAAGUUUGGUGUUUGACUGGAGUUUCUAGAUGAAUCCUCUCCUCCCAGAAUCUUAAAGGUCUCUACAACUUUGAACAAAAGGAAAUACCCAAAAACGUCCUGAUCUAAUUACCUUAACUCUUUGGGGCUUGCAAUGCAUUUUGAAAGUCUUUGGACUGACAGAUUCUGGUGAAAUUUAUGCAUAUGUCCCAGCCAACAUCUAUCAAAGUCUAAAAACAGAUGUUUUCAGCGCUGGUGAGAAACAAAAAAAUUUCCUAAUGCAUGUGAGAGAUAAGCUUCUUCAGUAUCUCAAGAAGAUUAAAGUGGCAGACACCCCUUCCAGCAGAAGUUACUAAUUCGGACCUGACUGAUGCAGUUCCCAUAGCAACCCAUGUUUCCUGGGAAACCCGAAAAAGGUUGUCAUGGCAUCUUUUGCUCUCUAGCCCCACCCCCAGCCCCUUCCGUUUCCACAGUAACCUUUCCAGAUGGUUCCUACUUAACGUGAUUUCAUAAGGAAAACCACUAUUUGAAUAAACCGCACAAAUAAAGUUAGGUCUGAGAAUCAAAGGCGGUGAAAAGAACCAGGAAAUGCAUUUUUUUUUUUUGCUAUGAAAAUCAUUGAUGUUAUUCCAUAAUGACUGAAAGAAGGAAAAUAUCAUCUUUGGAAUGUUACAUGUAAACCACAAUAAGACAUGAUCUGAAUUAAAUGCCAGGUGUUAGGUAAUAAUUUUAAAAGAUGCUUCUCUACAGUUUUCUUUCCCCACGAAGUGACAAGCCAACAAAUGGAAUUUAAAAGCAAAUGUAAAAGUGUUCUGUACAUAAGCAAAUGAGAGAUUCCAUGUUCCUGAAACUACUACAAGGGACCUUCAGAUUUCCUCACUUAAAAAAAAAAAUUACAAAGACAGGUCCUACAACCUGUCACCAUCACAGCACUUGAAAAGCUAAAUAAACUUCAAAUAUGUAAAGGAUGCACAUUUUUAACUGAGGGAAUUACAGGCAAUCAACGAAAAGAAGGAUUGGGAAGAAACCAGACCUUGAGGGAACACCUGCAAGUGUCGGCCAUAUGCUAAGGGUUGCCUGCAGACAAACAGAAUCAGGUUGUCAGAAGCCCACCUCCCUUAUUACUUGUGCAUUGGAGACAAUGGGGAAUAAUGAUUGAGACUAUCAUAAGAGGGGGAAGAAGAAAGAAAAGACCAGCUCCCCCCGCACCAACAAACAAAAUAGAGGCAAGAAAUCUCAGUUCCAAGCUCUUCCCACCUCUCAGCUGUGAAUAGAAGUGAUAACCCCUCCCACUAAGAAAUGCAGAGAAGCACACGUAUCCCCCAGUCUGAAGACUUUCGGAAAACUGUGAGUUAGAGAUUCCUGAAGAGCCCCACAUAAAGAACUGUACAGCAGCACUAACCAGUGGAAUACUCAGUUUUGAAUUGCCUGGAUCAAGAAUGCAGUGGCAGUUAAACCACUGAGGGUGGUGAUCUGUCUGCCAGCACAUAUUUUCAUUUCAGUUGACAUUAAAUAAUAUGUGUCUAACAUAUGCUUUACAUGAAGAAAAUGGCUCAGAGCUGGAGGAUUCUCUUCAUAUUAUGUGCAGUAUAAAAGAUACUGGUCAAGAUACAAAGAAGAAUGUUAAAUAAGGUACCAUUUCAACCUUUUGACAUUUUGAUGAAAGCUAAUCAUCUGAAAACUAUAAUCAGUGUUACAGAUGAAGAAAAUCUAAAUGUUUGGUUCUAACAAGCUAACUAUUACUGUUUUAUUUUGUUUUUAAUUAAUUACCGGACUGUAUUUAAUCAUGAGAUACAUGUGUUGUGUUCUGUGUUCUGAGUCAUGUGAAGUUUGAUUUUGCGAAGAUGUGCUUUGUACCAAAGGCUCCCAUACAUAGAGCAGCCCAUUUACAUGUAAUAAGUGAAGUCUACACUGUGCCCAGAUAAGUAAUAUUAAAGACAGACUUGCCCAAAAGAAA